AUGCCAUCGUGCAGCAGAAGCGUUCGAGUGCGGUGCGCUUUCUGGAGGGAGCACGCUGAAAAGCUCGCGACCUGCCAGGCUGGAACCUGCAUCCUGCUCUACCAAGUGUUGGUGGAGAAGAAAAAGGAAGGAUCAUGGGAGAUUGGCAGCUGGCGAGGCACUCAAAUUCUGGAGUGCCCUGAAGAGCUUGCCAAGAACAUUGGAGAGCGCAUCAUGGAGCCUGGCGACUGCCGCAUGCUCACUCUCAUUCCGACCAGGAAUUGGAAGGAAUGCGAGGCAGUGCAGAGCACAUUGAGCGCGCUCGUGGGCACGAUUGUCCCCGGGCAGUUGCGAAAGGUGGACACUGUGUUCCUCGUCUCCGGACUGCAGAUCAUGGGCUUGAGCUCGGUCAAGUCCGAAACGGACGAGUGGAUCUUGUCCAGCUGCAGCACGUGCAAGAGAGCUUUCCCUUGCCAGGCACAUCCAGAUGCUGCUGAAGAGAAGCGCGUGGCCCUGCGCGCUGUGUUCGCGGAUAGCGACUGCCAGUGCAGCAUGGUGCUCUACCACGACCACGUCGAGUUGGCCUUGCAGGAGCAGGGUUACUCGCUGCCGAAUCCUUGCAAAGACACUGCAGAGCUGCGGUCCGAAGUGCGAAACGCAUUCCGGAGCGCACUGUGGACUUGCAAAGUCACCUUUCGGGAGAACGACUACCAGCAGAUACUGGAGUUGGAGUGUCGCCAUCUGACGCCUUUCCUGCCCUUCAACCAGGACUGCCCGGACCUGACGCCCCACAUGCUGGAGCUUCCACGCUGCUCUCUGGGCGGCGGCUGCCCGGUUGCUGCUUUGCGCGACUUACGCGUGGACACAGACUUGGGCUCUUUGACGAUUCAAGAGAUCGACGCUCCGUCUGUGCGAGCGCUCGUCAUGUUCAACGAAGUCCAGCUGCCAGAUGAUGAGUCUCUGCAGCAAGACCCGCAAUCUGCAUCGGCCAUGCGAGUCAAGCGCUCGGUGGACUGCUGCUUGUCAGUGCCCGACGCUGAAACCCUCUUGCCUUUCCGGAGCAAAAUCCGAGCAGCAGGCCCUGCGUCUGCAGUGAAUUGGAUCCUCCGAGCACGGCCAGGUGAAGUCCACCAAGUGGUCAUCAUGCAAGCCGACGCGGAGAAUGAGUGGUCUGUCCUCUGGCACGUGGAGGUUCACGAGAAGGCGGUGCUGGCUGUCAACGCGUACUACUCUCACAUCAUCUCCAAGCAGACGGCGGCUGCUGCUCUGAGCUAUGCCAGUGAGUGGACUCCCGGUAAGCGAGUGCGCACGCUGCGAGACAGCAUGCCAACCCCUUUUAAGACGAGCUCUGCUUGGCAAGACCAGUGCUAG